AUGAAUGCUUCGGGUAUCCCGAAGUAUGUUAAAUAUGUGAAGGACAUUGUGGCCAGCAAGAGGAGGCUCAUGGAGUAUGAAACUGUAGUACUUACUGAGGAAUGCAACUCUAGGAUCCAAAAUAGAUUGCCAAAAAAGUUAAAAGAUCCGGGUAGUUUUACUGUGCAGAUUACAAUUGGGAAAUGUGUUGAGCCCGCGGAUUGUGUGAUUAAGGAGCGAGCCUGGGGUGGUGGUGGUAGAAGAUGUGUUAGUUCCAGUAGGUUAAUUAAUUUUCCUAUAGAUUUUGUGGUCUUAGAUUUUGAAGUUCCAUUCAUUUUGGGAUAUCCAUUCUUGGACACGGGUAGGGCAUUGAUUGAUGUAGCAUCUGGUCAACUAACUAUGAUGGCGCAUGAUAAGGUUGAGGUAUUCGAUGUUUACUGCGUUUUAAAAUUGCCUUUUAUCUAUGAUGUGUUUUCUGCUAUUACUGUGGUUGAUCAAUUAGUAGAAUCACAAGUAGUUGUGCCUGAAGAUCUCUUAGAGAGACUGUUAACAGGUCACGAGGUAGAUGGAGAUACUGAGGCCUAA